AUGUCGAGUGUGGCCCGCAUAAGUAACGAGACUGCCAGCCGAACCAACCACGACCCAAACCAGUUCAUGUUCACCUUGUUUCCAGACCUUUCACGACUCGUCUCCCAUACCAUCCUUCACAGAGUGGUCACGAUUCAAGUCUGGGCAUGGCCGGGCUCGCCCAAAUUUUCCUGCCCGGGACGGGCCUACCGAUUUUACGGCCCAGCUCCGGCCUUUGAUUUUCCGGACUGA